AUGCCGACGGCGACCAAGACGCGGCUCAACAUUAUCAUCUGCGGCGGAGGCAUCGCGGGCCUCGCGGCGGCGGGGGCGCUCGCGCCCCACCACAACGUGACCGUGCUCGAGCGCAAGCCGGACAUCCGCGAGGGCGCGUACGGCAUCAACCUGAAGCCGAACGCGUCGCUGGUGGCGAUCGAGCUGCUCGGCAUCGAAGUGACCCCACCCCCCUCCUCUUUCUCCUUCACGUCUUCCGAAGCGGAAGCGGGUGGUGGAAUGAGGGGGGUGCCUUGCCGCGAGGUGGUGGAGAGGUCUGCCGAGGACGGGGUCGAGCAGAUGCGGAUCGGUGUCGACGCAGAGACGAUGUUCGGCGCACCCUGGUACUUGUGCCGGCGCGACGAGCUGCUGCAGCAGCUGUACCGCACGGCGCGCCAGAGAGGCGUGUAUGUGCGGCUCGACGUGCGCGUCCAAUCCCUGGACCAGGAGAAUACUGCCGAUGGCCGCGCGUGCGGCCCGGUCAGCAUCCAGACCUCGAACGGCGAGACGCUCCAUGCCGACUUGGUGCUAGUGGCGGACGGGAUCGCGUCCAAGCUGCGCAGGUACGUGCUCGACGGGCGUGGCAGCGUGCCGAACGGGCUGGCUGCGCCCGGCAGCGCGUCGACCAAGGAUGCGCUGAUCGUCGAUUCGGGGCAGGUGGCGUUCCGGGCGCUGGUGGCGUGGACGGACCUGGCUGGCGACGCGACGCUGUCGUACCUCACGCGCCCGUCGCACGGCGGGCUGUACGUAUGGGCGGGCCGCAAACAGCGUCUGGUCGCCUACCCGUGCCCGGGGAGCGUCAACAUUGUGGCGAUCGUCGACAGAGACUCGCUGCACCCUGCUGCCGCUAGCGCCUCGUCGGCGCCCUCAGCUGCGACGGCAGAGGUGCUGCGCGACCAGUUCGGCACGUUCCACUCGAGCGCGACGCGGCUGCUGGACCACGUGCGCACCGCGAGCCUGUGGGCGCUCAACGACCUCGAGCCGCUUGCGCGCUCCGGCCGCGGGUGCGUGUACCUGGUCGGCGACGCCUCGCACGCCACGCUCCCGCACCAGGGCCAGGGCGCCUCGCUGGCUUUCGAGGACGCCGAGGCGCUCGCCACCAUGCUCGCCGACCUGGACGAUGCGUCGUCCACCACCAUCGGGCGUGCGCUGCACGCGACGAGUGUGCUGCGCACACCGCGCAUCCGUGCGAUCCAGCACGCCAGCCGCGUCAUGGCGCGCCCCGCCGACUACGCCAAGGGCGAAAAGGGCGACGCCCUGCGCUUCAGCCAGCUCAUGCUCAAGUACAAAGGCAUUAACGACCUCGCCCGCACCGACUCCAAACAGCCCUGA